AGGCGGACCUGGGGCGGGGUGGUCUUGAUAGUCCCUCGGCUGGCGCUAAGCCGAUAGGAGCCCAGAGCUCUGGGACAGGUGGAAGGCAGUGCCGGGCGUUGGCUGUGUGCCCGGCCCCCGCCCCAGGCGCGGGACCAGCUGUGGGACAGGAACUGCCAGCGCUCGGGCCAGAGUUAAUAUUUAUGCAGGCGUCGCAGGAACGGGCUCGAGGACGGCUCCGCGGACGCACAGCAGCAGGCCUCCCGCCGCGGGUCUGAGAGCUGCCCCUAUGCGGAGCCUCUUUUUCUCACUGCCUCCGCCGUUCCUGCUGCUGGUGCUGCUGGUGUUGCUGUCGCCUUGGCCGGUCUGGGCCCAAGCGCCAGCCACAACCUUCCCCUCGGGGCCCCGGGGCGACCCGGACUGCCCGGAGGCAUGCGCGUGCGUGCCGGGCGGCCAGGCCAACUGCUCGGCUCUCGCGCUGGCCGCUGUGCCCGCCGGCCUGAGCCGGCGCGUGAGCGCGCUGCUGCUGGACCACAACUGCUUGAGCGCGCUGCCGCCCGGUGCCUUCGUGGGCGCGGGCGCGCUACUGCGCCUGGACCUGCGCGAGAACGGGCUGCGCUCCGUGCACAUGCGGGCCUUCUGGGGCCUGGGCGCGUUGCAGUAUCUUGACCUGAGUGCCAACCAGCUGGAAGUGCUGGCGCCCGGCACCUUUGCGCCGCUGCGCGCGCUGCGCACCCUUUCGCUGGCUGGCAACCGGCUGGCGCGCCUAGAGCCCGCGGCGCUGAGCGCGCUCCCGCUGCUGCGCGCACUCAAUCUACAGGACAACGCGCUGACGGCGCUCACGCCGGGCCUCCUGGCCGGCCUGCCGGCCCUCGACUCGCUGCGCCUGCGCGGCAAUCCCUGGGCCUGCAGCUGCGCGCUGCGCCCGCUGUGCACCUGGCUGCGCAGGCACCCUCCGCCAGCGGCAGAGGCCGAAACGCUGCUCUGCACGUCGCCGAGGCGCCUGAGGCUCAGCCCCCUGACUGCCUUCUCCGACGCCGCCUUCAGCCACUGCGCGAAGCCGCUCGCCCCGCGGGACCUGGCCGUGAUCUACGUGCUCGGGCCUGCGUCUUUCCUCGCCAGCCUGGCCGCCUGCCUGGCGCUGGGCUCGGUCAUCACCGCCUGCCGUGCGCGCAGCCGCCGCCGCACCGCUGCCCGGCGGCCGCCAAGGAGACCGCCGGACCCCGACCCCGACCUCGAGGGCUCCGCCUCUCCUGCGGACCCUGCGAGUCCCGCAGCCGCCGCUGCCCAAGCCUGAGCAGGCUGCGGCUGUCCGCGGCGUCCGAAACUUCCCCCAUCCCUUGGUCUUCCCUUCAAACUCCCUGUCAGCGUCAACAAGCGACACAG